GCCUCCCUGCUCCGAACGCGAUCGGCAACAAUGUUUACGUUCCGGGGAUUAUGACGUCGCCGCCCUCCUCCUCCCCCCCCUCCCCAGUGAAAAUGGUUUCCUAGGACUUUGCAAAACGGAUCUCCCCAAAGUGUUGGUGCAAAAAACUUUGUAGAUCUCGGCUGGGGCUUUUUUUUUUUUUUCGGCUUCUUUUUCUUUCAGAUUCUGUUUUUGUUUUGUUUCCUUCGGUCCUUCUUCCUUCCCCCUCGGGGCCAAAAUGCAGGGGGCAGGAGUGUUGCCAAUUAAUUGGUGAACUCUCCCAAAAAAAAUGGAGGCAGAGAAAGGCUCUGGACGAAGAUUGCGUUCAAUCAACCGUCAGGGGUAUGACGAGAAUGAGGAUUCCUCGGACGUGGAGGAGAUUGUGAGCGUCAGGGGCUUCAGCCUGGAGGAGAAAUUACGCAGCCACCAGUAUCGGGGGGACUUCGUGCGAGCCAUGGACGGCAAAGAUUUCAACUUUGAGUACGUACAGAGAGAAGCCUUGAGAGUGCCUUUGGUCUUCCCAAACCCCGAUGGACUAGGAAUUAAGAUGCCCGACCCUGAUUUUACCGUCCGGGAUGUCAAACUCCUAGUGGGGAGCCGGCGACUGGUGGAUGUGAUGGACGUCAACAGCCAGAAGGGCACGGAGAUGAGUAUGUCCCAGUUCGUGCGCUACUAUGAGAUGCCUGAAAACCAACGGGAGAAAUUGUACAAUGUCAUCAGCCUCGAGUUCAGCCACACCAAGCUGGAGAACCUGGUCAAGCGGCCCAAUGUGAUCGACUUGGUGGACUGGGUAGACAACAUGUGGCCCCAGCACCUGAAAGAGAAGCAGACGGAGUCUACCAAUCUCAUUGCAGAGAUGAAGUACCCCAAAGUUAAGAAAUACUGUCUGAUGAGCGUCAAAGGCUGCUUCACGGACUUCCAUAUCGAUUUUGGAGGUACAUCUGUGUGGUACCACGUCUUCCGGGGCAAGAAGAUAUUCUGGCUGAUCCCCCCCACUUGGCACAACUUGGAACUUUAUGAAGAGUGGGUACUCUCAGGAAAGCAGAGCGACAUCUUCCUGGGAGACCGAGUUGAACAAUGCCAAAGAAUUGAGCUGACCCAGGGCUACACGUUUUUUAUCCCUUCCGGCUGGAUCCAUGCUGUCUACACGCCAGUAGAUUCCCUGGUUUUUGGCGGAAACAUCCUGCAUAGCUUUAAUGUGCCCAUGCAGCUGCGCAUCCAUGAGAUAGAGGACAGAACGCGGGUACAGGCCAAAUUCCGGUACCCUUUCUACUAUGAGAUGUGUUGGUAUGUUUUGGAGAGAUACGUACACUGCGUGACCCAGCGUUCCCACCUCUCUCAGGAGUACCAGAGAGAAUCAAUGCUCAUUGAUGCCUCGAGAAAACCCAGUGUAGACGGCUUCUCAUCUGAUUCUUGGCUGGAGAUGGAUGAGGAAUCCUGUGAGUUGCAUCCCCAGGAGGAGGAAAAGGAAAAGAAAGAGAAGGAGGAGAAAGAGAAGGAAGAGAAGGAAAAGGAGAAGGAAGGGAAGAAGGAAGAGAGGGAGAAGGAAGAUAGCGUGGACAGAGUACCUAAGCCGUUGGCCCCAGUGGUUCCCCCCAUCCUGCCCGUCCUGCCCGUCCUGCCCAUCCCGCCCAUCCUGCCCUUCCUGCCCCCCAAUGCCACCGCCUCUCCUACCAGCAUCCCCUCGGAGGGCCAGGAGGCCGCCAUGAAGAAGCCCAAAGCAGCCGCCAUGCGGUACCUCAAAAGGACUUUGUCCAACGAGUCAGAUGAGAGCGUCAAAUCUGCCAUGACCACAGAUUAUCCCAAAACCCCGACAGGCUCCCCUGCCACAGAAGUCUCCACCAAGUGGACUCACCUCACAGAGUUUGAACUGAAGGGUCUGAAAGCGCUAGUCGAGAAACUGGAAUCCCUUCCGGAGAAUAAGAAAUGUGUCCCCGAGGGGAUUGAGGACCCCCAGGCGCUUCUGGAGGAUGUGAAGAAUGUCCUGAAGGAGCAUGCUGAUGAUGAUCAAAGCCUGGCGAUCACUGGCGUGCCUGUGGUCACGUGGCCCAAGAAGACAACAAAGAACCGUGCAGUGGGUCGGCCCAAGGGGAAGCUGGGCCCAGCCUCGGCAGUGAAGUUGGCCGCCAACCGGACGACAGCAGGGGCACGCCGGCGACGGACGAGAUGCCGCAAGUGCGAGGCCUGCCUGCGGACCGAGUGUGGCGAGUGUCACUUCUGCAAGGACAUGAAGAAGUUUGGGGGGCCCGGGCGCAUGAAGCAGUCGUGUAUCAUGAGACAGUGCAUCGCGCCAGUGCUGCCCCACACCGCUGUGUGCCUGGUGUGCGGCGAGGCGGGGAAGGAAGACACGGUGGAGGAAGAGGAGGCCAAGUUUAACCUCAUGCUCAUGGAGUGCUCUAUUUGCAACGAAAUCAUCCACCCCGGAUGCCUUAAGGUGAAGGAGUCAGACGGCGUGGUCAACGAUGAGCUUCCCAACUGCUGGGAGUGUCCCAAGUGCAAUCAUGCCGGCAAGACUGGGAAAGCGUACAAGCAAAAGCGCGGCCCCGGGUUCAAGUACGCCUCGAACCUGCCCGGCUCGCUGCUGAAGGAGCAGAAGAUGAACCGGGACAACAAGGAAAGCUGGACGGCGGAGGGGAGUCCGGGGGCGCCGGCGCAAGUCAGGGAGCACGCCGAAGUUGCCCGUGGCGCCAUCCUCCCGGGGGAAUCCGGAGGCAGAGGCCCCUCGGGCGGCCCCUUUGAGUCGGUCUGGGGGUUGGGACGCUCCCCCCUUGUGGGGUCCGGCCUCCACACCCCCCAGAAGGGCCGGGCCCUGGUGAGCACAGGAAGCGCCGUGCGGGCCCUUGAGAACCUCCAGCAGUGUCAGUGCCAGGGCCCCCAGCGUGGUGCUGUCGGACCACCGCGGGACCGGGGGCGGGCGUGGCGGGCUGCCCCUAAGGCCCGCCCCCUGUGGGGCGAUCCUGGAAAAAGCAGGGCCGGAGGACGCCCCAAGCCCCGGCCUUUAAAGGGCCGGAAGACCUGCAGGGAAAACAAGGAAGCGUCAGUCAGGUCCAAGCUCCCCCUGCGGGGCCCCACGGGCGCCCGGGGCCCCGACAAAAAGGAGUGCGCCCCGGGCGGCGGCUCCCAACAAAGGGAGCUGGCAGGGCUGACAAGAGCUGAACCAGGAGAUCCAGGGGCCGAGAACAGCCUGCUGCGGAACCACCAGCCCAUCAAUGGGCGGGAGGCGGAGCGAGGGCGGCUAACCCUGCCCCCUGGAUGGGGCCCGCCCGUCAUGCAGCGGGAAGUCUGGAUGGCCGUGUUCAGCUACCUCAGCCACAGUGACCUCUGUGUCUGCAUGCGGGUCUGCAAGACCUGGAACCGCUGGUGCUGUGAUAAGCGGUUAUGGACCAAAAUUGACUUGAACCACUGCAAAUCCAUCACCCCACUGAUGCUCAGUGGGAUCAUCCGCCGACAGCCCAUUACCCUGGACCUCAGCUGGACCAACAUCUCCAAGAAGCAACUCAGCUGGCUUAUCAACAGGCUGCCUGGGCUCCGGGACCUGCUGCUGUCCGGCUGCUCCUGGAUCGCGGUCUCUGCCCUGUGCAGCUCCAGCUGUCCUCUGCUGCGAACACUGGACGUGCAGUGGGUGGAAGGACUCAAGGACGCCCAGAUGCGGGACCUUUUGUCCCCCCCCACAGACAACCGACCAGGCCAGAUCGACAAUAGGAGCAAGCUCCGUAACAUUGUGGAACUGCGCCUCGCUGGGCUGGACAUCACGGACGCUUCCCUGCGGCUCAUCAUCCGCCACAUGCCCCUGCUCUCCAAACUGCAUCUCAGUUACUGUAACCACGUCACCGACCAGUCCAUCAACCUGCUGACGGCAGUAGGGACGACCACCAGGGAUUCCUUAACAGAAAUUAACUUAUCAGACUGCAAUAAGGUUACUGACCAGUGCCUGUCCUUCUUUAAACGUUGUGGAAAUAUCUGUCAGAUUGACCUAAGGUACUGUAAACAGGUGACCAAGGAAGGCUGUGAGCAGUUCAUAGCCGAGAUGUCGGUGAGCGUCCAGUUUGGGCAAGUGGAAGAAAAACUCCUACAGAAACUGAGUUAGUCCAAGGACAGGUGUGUAAAUAGCGGGCUGGGGAGGGGGGAAGGAGAGGGGGAAAAUGACUUUCAUUUCAGAAUACAUGGGGAUUUUAUUUUACACUUGGAACUGGACUCGCAGACAAGAGCAAAGAUCCCGUUUUACAAGCCCUAAUGAUCGAUUGAUCCCGGAAAGGACCGAGUUCACCUCCCACCUUGUGAACGCCCAACGCACGCAUGGCCAGCCGGGGCACUCUGCACUCCCUGGCUUCUGUGAUGAUUCCUAAGAGAUAUUCACAGCUGGGGGGCGGGGGGUUGGGGGGAGGGAGGGAAGGACAGACUGUUGAGAUAUUAUUUAAAUUACCGGAGCAUGAGCUUGGAAGUGUACAUUUUUUUAAUUUCUACUCCUCUUUUUCCCAUGGUGACCCCCUUCCCCCUGCCAAGUUUUUAGUAUCUUUCCAACGGACCACAAGCUGCAUUUCUGCCACCUCGACCCAUCCUUUGUUUUGUUUUGUUUUUGUUACAUGAUACAUGAUGCAGAACUAUUUUUGUACAAAUUGUUUAAAGGUUAUUUAUGCAACAUUUGAAUGCACACCAGUGUUGUUUUUCGUUUUUGAUUUUGGUUUGGGAUUGCCAACAUUUAUGGUUUACUUAAGGUAGGAGAGAACUUCACCUAUACUUCAUAGAUAAUACUCCAUCAGCAGAUGUGUCCAGGUCUGACCAAGCAGGCUCACACUUUCAAUUUAAAAGCAUGUUUGAAUGGGAGUUUAUAUCCUGCUUGUAUCCUUCAGAAGUGACAUAAGCAUGUUGUGGGAAAACGGUGUCAAUUAUAGUUGAAGACAGACAUUUGGCCAAGUUUUCUCUGUAUAGAAUUCACCUUUUUCCCUCAAAAUUUUCCAAUUCCGAUUUCAGCUUUUGCACAUAGGAGGUUUUUGCUCCAGCAUGAGCUCUUGUUAUUCUAUAGACCUAAUUUAUACAGUGAGUCAAGCCACAGAAUAAAUGGUCAAACAUAGUCUCUUUUUCUCCUUUCCUUUGCAAUGUGAGUUGAGUUCUUGGUUCAGGUUUUCUGCCAUGCUUCCUUCCUUAUUGUACAAUUAUGCAUUCGUAAGUGCCAUUGUUGUAAGGUGGUGUUUUCAUAGCCCUUCCCAAUGAAUUUUUACCUUUGUUGAGUUUGUAUAAACAAUUGUACAAAAGACAACACCACAAGCCUUUGAGGGUUUCUGUUCUAGGGAGUGGGAAAGAACUGGUUUGGAGGGCAGACUCAUUGACCAUGUCAUGAGAGCAAGUACCAUUGAAAACAGGAAUAGCCUCUAGUUCCUAGUAACAGAUGACUCUUCUAGGCUUAGAUGGAGCUGGAAGGGAUGAGGCCAUCUAUCAAGGAGGCUGAGUAGAGUCCUCAUUUGGAUGGGAGGCAAAAUGUCUGCUCAGCAUUUGGUUCAUUUCUCUAUUAGAUGGGGAGAGGGAACCUCAAACAUUUCUUAAUGAAUGGUUUCAAUAAAACAAGUAGCCUCAUUUAAUUAAGAUGGGUCCAGUUAACAUGGGGCUUAACAAAACCAGUGUCUUGAGGUUAGACAGACUCGGGUAGCUAUCAUUCAAUAGAGCUGGAGAGCUCCAUCCAGCCUCAAACUUAGGGGGAAUUGAUUGUUCCUUUCAGAGAAUCAGUUGAUCUCUUUAAUCUGGAACUUUGCCAGAGGUAGGUUAUCAGUGCUGAAUUCGUUAGGAAAUCUGGGUCACUAUGACUUCCUAGGCCAGUGACCAUGAACAAGCCUUACUUUCUGAGCUGAGGCUCUGGUCUCUACAAUCUCUCUACUUCUCGUGCUUGCAGCAGUGUUCUUUGGAGACAUCAUGUAGAGAUGCAUGGCACUUGUUUCCAUCAUAAGCCAUUUUUCAGUACCCACUAUUGGAUAACCCCACCUUAUCAGCAGCUGCUUUGAUGUGCGGCAUGGUCAAGCCUGUCUACAUCAGCUUUUUGUUUGUGAAAUGAAAAUGGUAAACCGAGACUUAGACUGCAAUGUUGGUAGUGGAGAGUUCCCUCUAUCUGUAUGUAGAUGACAAAACUGGGGUCCUGCUGACAUGCCCUUUGUACAUGGUGCCAUUUGCAGCUCCUUGAAUGUUAGUUUGGAAACUAUUUUGUUCCAUAAGGGUUCCCUUCAACAGCAAUUGUAAAUAAUUCUUUAUACAAUAUACCCAGUGAGCAACUUAACCUUUAUUUAAAACUCUCCAAUGAGAUCCCACCAGCUCCAGAGGAAGCCUAUCAAUCUCAUCUCAACCAUUCUAAUUACAAGGGUCUUCUUAUUUAAGAGAUUUAAGUUUGCCCUUUAGUAACUUCCAUCUGCCCCUCACUUUGCCCUGUGAGGUCAAACAUUAACUGAAUCCAUCUUCCAUGUGACAGCUCUUCAGGUUCUUGAAGGCUGUUCUCAGCCCAGAGGCUCAGCACAUCUCUACUUCUCAUGCAACUUGAUUUCAAAGUUCUUCACUGCAACUCACAGCUUUUCUAUCACAUGGUGCUUAGGGUUGAACUCGGUAUUCCAGAUGUGGUCUGACCGGUUCCUGCAGGACUUGGACAUUGUGCUUCUCAAUGUAGUCAUCACACUGUGGAAUUUGUUAAGCUUUCAAGGCCACUAAAAAGCUCCAGAUCUUUCAGACUGUUAUCUAGCAAUUCCCAUGAUGUAUUGAAGUUGAAUGACUUCUAUUUGUUCCUAUUAAAAGUGUACAUUUUAUUCUGCCCAUUGGCCAGCCUGGAUCUUUGUGAAUUGACUUUGCUCUAUUUCUCCUAGUUUUAUUGAGAAAAACAGCUUAAGGGGUUCCUAUAAGGCUGAUGUGAAUAAAUAAGGUCAGUUUCUACCUCUUUUGAAAUGCUUUGGCAAAAAUCUUAAAUUGAUCUAAAUUAUACAGCAUCCUGUGAUCUAAACUGCCCUUCUCCUGUGAUCCCUGUAAGAACUCUGUUCAGAAAACAAUCUGUGACUGGUGGCCAUCUCUGCAAUUAUACUAGCACUUCAUCCAGCAAUGGUGUGCUGCUCCUAUCCUGUGAGUAGGGGUCUUGGUGGUGGUCAAUCCUUUUUUGAGAUUGUCAGAGUUAGUGAACAUCAGAAUUCUAAGUGGAGUGUGGCUGCCACCUUCAGAGAAGUCCCUUUCUACAGAUUAUUAGUUCCUGGAGGCCUGUCAUUUUUGCAUGUUUUAGACCUGGUCUCUUCUUGCUAUGGUGGAACAGAGGCAGAGAGAGGAAAACAAGUGCUGUGAUCUACUCCCUUCUAAAUUCCACCCAGCUUCCAUCUUUGACAUCUCUGUCCCAAACCAUCUAUCUAUCUGUACCACCAAGUCCUCUAAGUGCCACACGAGGCUUAUCUAAGCUUGUUUGCCUCAGUGUUGAAGCAGCUGGACCUCACUACUGAUAUGUCCACAGAGCACAUUAGGAGCACAUAAGGCUCUCUGCUCCUCGCUCCUCUGUCCUAAUGUCUUCCAAGUUUCCUUCCUGGGAAUGGCUCUUUGGUGGUUACCCUUGCUUUUAAAAGGUAAGGGCGGGAAGCAAUCUGUUUCUUGGAAAUGCUAAGAUCUUUCCCUGACAGCUGCAAAACAGACCACAGUCGAGCAUUUAUCAAGCUAAAAGAUUGGGAGGUAGAGUACAGGGAGCAGUCUGAAGUACCCUUUCACAGGUCCCGCUUCUCCACGGGAUAUUAAAUAUCAGCAAAGAAAUUCCCAAAGUUUACAGUUUACAUACCAUAAACAAGAUGAAGCUUAUCAGCAGUAGAUCAAAGAGCAGGCAAGAUUUUACCAACUUAAAUGGAUUCCGUGGAUUAUCUUAGAUCCUAUCUAUACACAGGUCAUAGUUGUUUUGAUACAUUAUUUUUAGAACAUUUUUUUUUACCUGAGGGGAAUCCCCCCCCCCCCUCCCCUCCAACCCUAAGGCUUUUUUAUUUGUAGCUUCAUGAACAUUCCAACAACACCUGCUACUUCUUAAGAUUUAUGGAAACACCGAGAACGGGAAUCUUGGGGUCCCCCAAAUUCAGUGCUUCAACAAGAAAAGCUGAGUUAACACCUCCUUAGUACAUUAACUAGAUGUGGAGAUCUAGUUAAAGUCUUUAAAUUUUUAAAAAAGUCCAUCAUAGAUUUCUACAUGUAGGCAAGACCACUCUGGUUCAUGGAUCUGUUUCUGUAGUUAAAUCAAUUUGUUACCCAAAACAAAGUUUUGUGAUUUUUUUUUUUUUGCACGUAUAAUAUAAAUUUGAUCAAUUUAAAAUUUGUUUAAAAUCUGUAAUUUAUUCCUAAACUUGAAAUGAAUUAUUAGCAGGAUAGAACUGAGGGGGAAAACAAAACAAAAACAAAAACACCUUCACUAUACAAGAAUGUGAAAUGUUACAAAAAAAAAAAAAAAAAAA